GCGAUCUCGAAGCAUUCGAAGAAUCGCCAUUGCGCCGGCUUCUCGUCUCUUCUCCUCGUCGGAAAUGGCUGCUUCGGUCGCACUUAGGAACCCUAAUUCGAGGCGGCUCGUUGGCUUCUCGCCGUCGUACUAUCAUUCUUGCUGCCGCGCCGUCGGCUGUGGCUUGGAGUCGCCGCAGUCUUUGCUUCCUGGCACUAGUGAGAGGAAGGCUUUGGAUUAUGGGUCAUGGUGGCGGAGGUCCAUGGCCACCUUCACCCGCACGAAACCUCACGUGAAUGUUGGUACCAUAGGACAUGUUGAUCAUGGGAAAACUACUCUAACAGCAGCUAUCACUAAGGUGUUGGCUGAGGAGGGAAAAGCAAAGGCUGUAGCUUUUGAUGAGAUAGACAAGGCUCCAGAGGAAAAGGCUAGAGGAAUCACAAUUGCAACUGCCCAUGUUGAGUAUGAAACUGCUAAAAGGCAUUAUGCUCAUGUUGAUUGCCCUGGGCAUGCAGAUUAUGUUAAAAACAUGAUAACCGGGGCAGCACAAAUGGAUGGUGGUAUUCUCGUUGUAUCGGCUCCUGAUGGUCCAAUGCCACAGACUAAGGAACAUAUUCUACUUGCUCGUCAGGUUGGUGUGCCAUCACUUGUGUGCUUUCUGAACAAGGUUGAUGCUGUUGAUGAUCCAGAGUUGUUGGAACUUGUUGAGAUGGAACUGCGUGAGCUUCUUAGCUUCUACAAGUUCCCCGGAGAUGAGAUUCCAAUUAUCCGCGGUUCAGCUUUAUCAGCCUUACAGGGCACUAAUGAAGAAAUGGGGAGAAAAUCCAUUCUAAAAUUGAUGGAUGCUGUGGAUGAGUAUAUACCUGACCCUGUUCGCCAGCUGGACAAACCUUUCCUGAUGCCAAUUGAAGAUGUAUUUUCCAUUCAGGGACGUGGUACAGUUGUAACUGGUCGUGUGGAACAAGGAACAAUCAAAACUGGUGAGGAAGUUGAGGUCUUAGGAUUAAUGCAGACCGGUGCUCUGAAAACGACAGUAACAGGUGUUGAGAUGUUCAAGAAAAUUUUGGAUCAUGGGCAGGCUGGGGAUAACGUGGGUCUUCUUUUACGUGGUUUGAAACGUGGAGAUGUACAACGUGGGCAGGUAGUCUGCAAGCCUGGUACUGUCAAGACGUAUAAGAAAUUUGAGGCAGAAAUAUAUGUGCUUACAAAAGAUGAAGGUGGUCGUCACACUGCAUUCUUCUCCAACUACAGUCCUCAGUUCUACAUGAGGACUGCAGAUGUUACUGGGAAGGUGGACUUGCCUGAGAGCGUGAAGAUGGUUAUGCCUGGUGAUAAUGUGACUGCAACAUUUGAACUGAUAUUACCUGUUCCCCUUGAAGCUGGUCAAAGAUUUGCUUUACGAGAGGGAGGUCGGACUGUUGGUGCCGGCGUUGUCUCAAAGGUCAUAAGUUGAGCUUUAAACCAACUGUGAUCUGAUAGAGUUUUUUGUGAGCUCAUUUGCAAAAUCCAUGUAGUUAGAUGGAGUAAGUUAACACUUCUCAGUAUUAAUGCACAAGCGUGACCAAGCAAACAUGCUGUUGAAUUUUUUUUGCCCUCAACGCACUGUAGAGAAAGUGUUGGGAUUACAAUAAUUUAAUUCUCAGUUUUUGCCAAUUGAUUUCUAGGAAUGGAGAGAACCCAUUCCAUAACUUUUACCAAAA